AUGCUGCGGAUCCUGUGCCUGGCACUCUGCAGCCUGCUGACCUGCACGCGAACUGACCCUGGGGCCCUGCUGCGGUUGGGCAUGGACAUCAUGAACCAGGUCCAGAGCGCCAUGGAUGAGAGUCAUAUCCUGGAGAAGAUGGCAGCUGAGGCAGGCAAGAAACAGCCAGGGAUGAAGCCGAUCAAGGGCAUCACCAAUUUGAAGGUGAAGGAUGUCCAGCUGCCCAUCAUCACACUGAACUUUGUACCUGGAGUGGGCAUCUUCCAAUGUGUGUCCACAGGCAUGACCAUCACUGGCAAGAGCUUCAUGGGAGGGAACAUGGAGAUCACUGUGGCCCUGAACAUCACAGCCACCAACCAGCUUCUGCGGGAUGAGGAGACUGGCCUCCCUGUGUUCAAGAGUGAGGGCUGUGAGGUCAUCCUGGUCAAUGUGAAGACCAACCUGCCUAGCAACAUGCUGCCCAAGGUGGUCAACAAGUUCCUGGACAGCACACUGCACAAGGUCCUCCCUGGGCUGAUGUGUCCUGCCAUCGAUGCGGUCCUGGUGUAUGUGAACAAGAAGUGGACCAACCUCAGUGACCCCAUGCCCGUGGGCCAGAUGGGCACCAUCAAAUAUGUCCUGACGUCCACACCGGCCACCACAGCCAGCUACAUCCAACUGGACUUCAGUCCUGUGGUGCAGCAGCAAAAGGGCAAAACCAUCAAGCUUGCUGAUGCCGGGGAGGCCCUCGUGUUCCCCAAGGGUCAUGCCGAAGGUUCGUCGCAGCUGCUGCUCCCAGACGCCCUCCUUUCCGCAGAGCUCGCCCUUCUGCAGAAGUCCUUUCAUGUGAACGUCCAGGAUACGAUGAUUGGUGAGCUGCCCCCACAAACCACUGAGACACUGGCUGGCUUCAUUCCUGAAGUGUCUGUAGCUUAUCCCAAGUCAAAGCCCUUGACAACCCAGAUCAAGAUAAAGAAGCCUCCCAAGGUCACUAUGAAGACAGGCAAGAGCCUGCUACACUUCCACGGCACCCUAGAGAUGUUUGCGGCUUGGCAGAGGGGCAAGGCUCCAAUGUCCCUCUUUCUCCUAGAAGUGCACUUCAAUCUGAAAGUCCAGUACUCAGUGCGUGAGAACCAGCUGCAGAUGGCCACCUCUUUGGACAGAUUACUGAGCUUGUCCCGGAAGUCCUCAUCGAUUGGCAACUUCAAUGAGAAGGAAUUAACUGGCUUCAUCACCGACUAUCUCGAAGAAGCCUACAUCCCAGUUGUCAAUGAUGUGCUCCAAGUGGGGCUUCCACUCCCGGACUUUCUGGCCAUGAAUUACAACCUGGCUGAGCUGGAUGUAGUGGAGAAUGCUCUGAUGCUGGAUUUGAAGCUUGGCUGA